AUGGAUGAGGAAAUAGGCUCUUCAUCACUUCCCAAGUCACAAGCCUCUGAUGCACAUCAUGAAGGACUUCAUAAAGGGAAGAGAAAGAAAGAUGACAUAGAUAACUUUUUUGCACCAAGAACUAAACCUGGUUCUCAACCAUCAUUGAAAAGUAAGGCUGUUGAUGCUAUAGCUGCAAUUAGCCCUAGUUAUAAGUUUCCAUCCUAUCAUAAGUUGAGAGUUAAUCUUUUGCAAGAUUGUAAAGAGGAAUGUAAGCUGGGCGUUGCAUUCUUGAAAUCUAUGGAUGCUUCUGAUAUUACUAAGGAUGCCAAAACAUUAUGUUCAUUAUUUUGCAAAGUUGUUGAAUGGGCGGGGCCAAAAAAUAUUGUACAACUUGUAACAGAUAAUGCUGCAAAUUAUAAAAAGGCAAGGGAAUUACUGCAUGAAAGGUUUGGUAACAUUUGUUGGUCUCCAUGUUCUGCUCACUGUUUAAAUAUUAUUCGUAGAGAUUUUGUGAAAAUAACUCAUAUUCAAGAUCUUGCGAAAAGAGCUUCAAAAGUUACAGUUUUUGUCUACAAUCAUGUCUUUAUUCUAGCUUGGCUAAGAAAAAGAGAAGGUUGGAAAGAAAUUAUAAGGCCUGGAGCUACUAGAUUUGCUACAACUUUCAUAACUUUGAAAAGCUUAUAUGAACACAAGCUUGAUUUGCAGGCUUUCAUAACAAGCAAAGCUUUCUUUGAUUCAAAGCUCUCCAAAACAGUUAAAGGGCAAGAAGUCUCAUCCAUCAUUUUGGAUACAAAAUUUUGGAAUGACUGCUUGGUAAGUUCCAAAUUGACUGGGCCUUUAAUUCGAUUAUUGAGAAUUAUGGAUUCUGAUGAAAAACCAUCUAUGAGAUUUCUUUAUGAUGGAAUGUACAUAGCAAGGAGAGCAAUCAAGUUAAUGUUUAAAAAUUCCAAAAGGUUGUACAAACCUUACACAAGCAUUAUAAAGAGGAGAUGGGAUCGUCAACUAAGACAAGGCAUACAUUGUGCAGCUUACUUUCUUAAUCCACAUUUUCAAUAUGAUAAAGAGAAUUUUUGCAUGAAAUCUGAAGUGAUGCAAGGUUUAGUUGAACUGAUUGGAAAUAAAGAUAUAUGCCCUAAAUUAACAGCAACAAUGAAUGAAGUUAGGCUUUUUCGUUAUAAUUUGGAAAGCUUUGGCAAACCAAUUGCUCUAACGAUGGCCAAAGAAAUGCAGCCUGUCGAACUGCCGGUUCGAGGGGGCGAUAUCUGGCGUCGUGCGAAUCCGGUUAUGUGGAAAGAUCAAACUAGCCGACUGGCUGAUUCCUAG